UCGUACAUGAGUGUUCAGGAAUCGAUCUUGUUUGGGUGUAGUAGCCAGCAACCUACCUCUCCUUUCUGUGGAAAAACAACAAUCGAUCCUAGCAGCUAGCGGUAAUUUCAAAAUUCAAAAUAUUAAGAUGGAUUUAGAGGGACAAAUAAGAGACCUGCAACAAGAACUUGAUCUGAAGUCCAAUAACUUGAAACUUGCUGCAGAAGUUGGUAACACUUUGUUGGAGCAGAAUAAGGACUUGGAAGAACAAUUGGAAAAAGCAUCACAAAUUCACUGUGCUGCCAUUGAAGAAUUGGAACAAGAGAAGUACAGUUUACAACUGAAGUUGAAUGCAAAGGAGAAUUUUGAAAAAUAUCAUGAAUCUGAACUACAGAACCUAAGAGAUCAGAUAGAAAAAGAAAAUGCAAAGAAAGAAGAAAUAAUGACAGGUUGCCAUGAAAAACAAAUCAGUAUGUUUCAGGAUACAAAGAAGUCACUGGAAGCUGAUUUGGAAAAAGCUGCAACAAUUGAAGUCCAACUGAAAGAAAAGGUUGAGGAGCUGCAGAAGUUAUUGUCUGAAUCUCAUGAGUUGCUGCAGUCUCAGCAAGGAAUGUCAACGACUGCAACUGAAGAAACAAUUGAACUGCAUUCUCUCAUAGCAGACAUGGAAGAAGAAAAGGCAUAUUUACGAAUUGAGUUGAAAGAUAAGAAAGAUGAGUUACUGCAACUGAGUGUAAACAAAGAGGGCUUGGAACAGCAGAUAGCAGAGCUGAGUGAAGCAUUAAUGCAAAAGGAAAAGGAAUCGGUCUCGUAUUACAAUGCACUUGAGAGGUGUCGUGAAGAGGUGGUGGAUUUACAGCUACAACUGGACAAUGUUGCAUUAGAGUCUGUAAAUACUGAACAGAAAGGAAACUCAUUGUUUGGGGAGGUUGAAGACAAACGCAAGGAAAUUGAGAGGAAGUACAUCAGUCUGAAAGUACAGUAUGAAGCAGCAAAGAAGCAGCUGACAAUGAAGAAAGACCAGGUCCACAAGAUGAAGUUUCAGAUUGCUACCUUACUACAAAUGAGUACACCGAGAGCUGACUCAAUCCAUAUUGAACAUCUGAGGCAACAGCUGAACCAAAGCCAAUUUGAAGUCAAAACUUUGACGGAUAAAUUACGCAACAUUGAAGUAAAUCAGGUGUCUAGUGGAAUAGGAGAUGAGUUGUUACAGUUGUACAAUGAAGAGAUAGCUGCAGGUGGAGCUGAGAGAAAGGUUUACACAGACUUUGUCAAGCAACAACUCAUUACCACCAGGAACACAUUGAGUGAAGUGCGGGAGGAGUUGCAAACACAGCGCAUGCUUUUAAUGUCAAAAUCUGAUUGUUUAAUGAAAUGUGAACGCAAACUGUACGCGGCCCAGAGUGUUGUGGAUCAAGAAAGAGGAAAAAAUAUCAAACUCACUCUGAAAAUUGAUGAACUAAAACGAAAGCUAUCUCCAGAUUAUGAGCUAACACAACAAAAAGAGCGUACAGGCUUUGUUGAGAAAAUACCAAUGAAAAAUAAACAGAAAUUAAAUGAAAAGAGCUCCAAUGGCACUGAAGAUGAUGACAGCAAAGUUAAAUCGAUAAACAGCCAACCUGAAGUGCUUACUGCCACAUCUAAUCUUGAGAACAAUCAAAACAUUGUUAAUGAUUAUAGUAUGAACAAAAAGAAGAAAAAGUCUGUAUCAGUUGCAGAAACAGUUGAGGUGUUUACAGAUACAGGGGACGUAGAUCAGGUUGAGUUGAGGUCAGAUAGUGAAUGCAAAACAGCAGUGGAAACUCCUAGUAAAACAGAGCUUGAGGAAGUUGGAAAGAGAGGCGGAAAAAAACAGCAUAAAGUUAUGUUUGUUAAACAAAACACCAAUGAAUGUUCACAACAGUGAACAUGUGUUUCAAAGUUAUUUGAAUGAUUUUUUUUUUUUUUUUUUUAAGAUAAAAAUUAAUAUGGAAACUCCCCAGCAUAUUUUUCUGUAGAGGGGAGGAAUUUAUUCAAUUAUUAGUUUUCUAGA